CAUGGAGACAAGGUCAUCCAGUGCCAAGACAGUUUCAGCCGGCAAGGAAGCAUCAGGCUCCUCAAAAGAUGACAAGAUGUUCAAGCAUCCCGGGGAACCUUUGGCGACCAAGGAGACACCUAUGCAGGAGACACCUGUACAAGACACACCAGUGCAAGAAAUACCUGUGCAGGAGAAUCCCACCUCUCAGACAAGUUACUCUGAGCCAGCUGAAGCAGUGCCUGUAUCAGAAAGCAGACCAGAAGCUCCCCCCAACUCUGGCUCCACCAUGCCCACCAGAGAGAUGCUGAACCAGAGUGCCCAGAAGCUGGUGGAUGACGUCAACAGCAAGAGGAAGAGAGAUGCAGCUCUUAUGGCAGACUUUAAGAAGGCCCUGGAGAUACAGGUAGCCAACUCCUGCAGUGUCCUGGAGAGUUCCAUGUACAAGACUUACGAGACCACAGGAGAACUGAUGCAGGAGAAGUUACAGGAACUUUUCGCCGUGCUGGAUCGCGUGGCCAGACUCGAGGCAGAGCUGAAACAGUUCCACCAGGCACUGGGCAUGCUGUACACCGACGUACAGGUCCCUCACAAACAGUGAACACUCAGGGGAGUUUGUACUUAUCUAGGUUUGUUCGUUUUGUUUCUUUGAGGCUUUGUUUUUCAUGAAAUACCAGACUCAAAUUAGCCUGCUGAGUCUAUAUACAUUCUUAUGGCCUUACACAUCUGUAGGUUCUACAUGAAACGUGACACUAUGAUCCACUUGUGUCUGACAUGCAUUGGCAUACAUCUAUUCAUCCUUAAGCCUUGUGGACUUGUUUUUGUUUGCUUUUGAAAUCAUCCAUCCAUUCAUUCACUAAUUCACCUUAUUGUACUGGUAGCUCUUAAACGCAUUUCUAGGUAGGAUCUUCAUCUAGAGAAUCUCUCAAGUCAUUAUGCCAGGGGGUUGAGCAUGUGAGGUGUGCUUUGUGUUGUUUCAACCAUUUUGGUUUUUCAGGAUUUCCAGUAAGUUAUAUUGAUUGUAGUGUGAAUACUUGAAAUGAAGAGUAUUGUAUGUUUGUUGAUGGUGCCUUUCACCCUUGUGUUAAAAUGAUAGAAAAUGUGCAUGUUCUAAAUUGCUU